AUGUUCUUGAUCAAACGCCUGACGCGGUCGGACACCAGCGCGGAGAAGGCUGAACUUGACCAAGGAAAGCUCAUUCGGAGAGUCGGGAGGAGAGGCCGCGGCAGAGCCCAGUUCCAGAUGCCCUGUGGGGUGGCGACUACCAGAUCAGGAGACGUGGUGGUAGCUGACACAGAAAACCACAGAAUCCAACUAUUCAGUCCUGAUGGUGUGUUCAAGUUCAAAUUCGGCGAAAAGGGUUCCAACCCUGAACAGCUCUGCUAUCCUAUAGGCGUCUCCAUGACAACCAACGAGAAGAUCGUGGUAACAGACAGUGUUAACGCAGCUGUUAAAAUGUUCAACCUUAAUGGUCAGUUGGAGAACUGCUUUGCCCACGCCAAUCAAAUGGAAUUUCCACAUGGCAUUGCAGUGACUACAGAUAACCAUAUUGUGGUCAGUGAUAUAUGUCAACAUUCUGUGAUAGUUCUUACUCCCAAGGGUGCUGUCAGUCAUACGUUCGGCAGCUACGGUGACGGACUGCGAGAGUUCGACCACCCCUACUGCAUUACGACAAACUCCACAAGGCAGAUCAUCGUUUCAGAUUCCGGAAACAGCUGCGUCAAAAUCUUCCAUUUUCAGGGACGUCUUCUGCGAUGCUUUUCUUCCAUAGACUUCCGACUUCCAGCUGAUAACUUCAUAUCGCUGUACGGAAUAUGCACAGAUUCUGACGAUAACACGAUUGUGGUGUGUAACUCUGGGGUGUACAUUCUCACAAAAAACGGAAGGCUUUGGGAAGUAUUAACAUCCAAAGAUGGACUGACCUCACCGAAAUGUGUGGCGUAUUCUUCCUCGGGUUGUGGUCGGCUUAUUGUCAGCCAAGCUGGGUUUGAUAUUAGACAUGAGAUGUGUUUAUUUAGGUAUAACAAAGACGAUUACAAGUCUUUAAAUACAUUAGUUUACUACGCAAUAUCGAUAUAG